AUGAGGAGCGGUCUGGUGCUGUGUUUGUGCCUGUGUCUGGGCGCGCGGGGCGAGGGCGGCGAGCGCGAGGCGCGCCUGGUGCGCAGCCCGCAAGGCCCGGUCAAGGGCUACAAGGACCCCGGCGACAGCAUAUUCGUCUUUUACGGGAUCCCCUAUGCUACAGCGCCUACGGGAGCUGACAGAUUUAAGGCGCCUCUUCCUGCCUCAGCAUGGUUAGACCCUUUGGAAGCCGUAGAUGAUACUAUUAUAUGUCAUCAAGCCACGCUUAAUAAUACUACGAGUAUGUUCCCAAAUAAGAUCGAAAAAGAGAACUGUCUCGUGGCAAAUGUUUUCGUCCCUGACACCGACCAAAAAAAACUACCAGUUGUGGUAUAUGUGCACGGAGGAGCAUACCAACUCGGCUUUGGAAAUCUGUUUCUACCCAAAAACUUAGCAAGAAGCAAGAAAGUCAUUGUAGUAACAUUCAACUAUCGCCUCGGAGUUCACGGAUUUCUUUGUUUAGGCACUGAAAAGGCACCAGGAAAUGCUGGAAUGAAAGAUCAAGUAGCACUUUUACAUUGGGUCAAAAAGAAUAUAGCAAGCUACGGGGGAAACCCAGAAGAUAUGACCAUAGCAGGCUACAGUGCCGGCUCUUCAGCCGUCGAUCUGUUAAUGAUUUCGCCCACUACAAGAGACUUAUUCAAUAAAGUAAUUCCAGAAAGUGGAUCUAACUUAGCCCCUUGGUCAGUUCAAAUUGACCCCCUAGAAAAUGCAAAAACCUUUGCUAGAUCCAUAGGCUUUGAAAAUGUAGAUGACGUGUACGCUUUGGAAGAGUUCUACACUACAGCGAGCUAUGACGUGUUGACAUCGGACCCCUUUUUUGACAGAACUGAUUUUACUUUUGUGUUCUCACCAUGUAUAGAGCGUAAUACGGAAGGUGCUUUCCUCACUGAGUCCCCAUACAACAUUUUAAAGAAUGGCAACUAUAGAAAAGUGCCAUUACUUUACGGUUUUGCUGGAAUGGAGGGUUUACUGCGAAUUGAUUUAUUUGAUUUGUGGAAAGAUAAAAUGAAUGCGAAUUUCUCUGCUUUUCUACCACAAGACUUACAAUUUGAAAGUGAAGAAGAAAAAGCAACAGUGGUCCAAAAAAUCAAGGAAUUUUAUUUCGGUAAAAAACCAGUCAAUGGAGAUGAAGAAUCUGUAUUAUCUUACAUAAAUUUUAUGUCAGAUUUAUAUUUCACAUAUUCUACUUUAAGAGCUGUGAACAUGCACGUAAAAGCAGGACAUGACAAGAUAUUUUUGUAUGAAUACAAUUUUGUUGAAGAUUCUACGCCUGUCAUACCCUAUACCAAGGACCAGCGAGGAGCCAACCAUUGUGCUCAAACUAGUGCUGUAUUUGACGCACCUAAUUGGCUAAGUCAGAAAGACGAGAGCAGUAUCUCAGAGGAUCUGAAAAACAUGAAGAAAGUAAUUAGAGAACUAUGGCUUAACUUUAUGACAACGGGGAGUCCGGUGCCGGCGGGCUCCGCGCUGCCCGCGUGGCCGGCGGCGGGCGCGGGCGGCGCGCCGCACAUGUCGCUGGCGCGCACGCUGCGGCUGCGCGGCGCGCUGCUGGAGGAGCGCGCGCGCUUCUGGGACGCCAUCUACGAGCGCCACUACCGCGCGCCCGCGCCGCCGCCACCGCAGCCUGCUAGACAUUCCGAGCUUUAAAACUUAAUAAAAUAAAAAUUUUAUUUAAGAUAUUAUAGAAAAAACCAAAAUAUUUUGGUUUUUCAAAAACA